AUGGACGACUUAUCUAUCAACCUACCGAGCCAAGCUGCCAUGCGACGAACCUUCCCCGAAUGGAGCCGUUGGAAUCAUAAUGGACUCGAGGACGAGAAGGACAUGUGGGAAACUGGUAGUGACGACGUCCCAGUCUCUAAGGAAAAGGAGAACUUGACACCUCUUGGAAGCCCUAACUCAUCGGUGGGCGCUACCCCUAGGGCAGAAGCGUCUAAUAGAGAUAAGGUUGGUAAUACAAAAGCAACAAACACAGCCAAGGAUCGAAUAACUGCGACGGAGCAAGGCCCUUCCCGAUCAAGGGCUCAGAUGCAACCAAGAGUCGAAGACGAGUCCGAAUGCUCAUUAGAUUUUCCCGAACCGCUAGCACAACCCCGGCGGGAUCUACAAGAGCAAGGAAACCGUCCACAGUCAGUAUCCAAUGCCGCAAAAAGGUCGAAGCCUCGACGUGGCAAUGUUACAGCCCUACUCGAGACGCUCAAGACGGCCCAGACCAAACAGGCCGAAUCCAAGGAGCAGCCAUCCAGACAGGUUUCCCCUAAGUCGCAACUAUCGCCACAGCUACAAAAUGCCGCUAGGGCUAAUGCAGAGCGACAACCAGGAACAGAUCAUAUAGCUAGCCCUACUACACCUAAUCAGACCGCCCGGUCUUUCUUUAUACCUAAUCUUUCCUACAUGAACGACUUUCUAUCGGGUGCUCUGAAGCUGUCAUCCCUCCGGAAUGGCAUACCUAUCUUCGUCAAACACGGCAAAGUCCACGACCGCGAGUCUAUGAUUUACCCGGAUCACCAUGCCGAUAUUGAAGCGCUUUCGAUUCCAGAGGACGAGGAGAAGAUUUUCGUAUCCUUGGAUAAGAUCAAGGAUGAAAUUCAUGCUCUAAGAGAGCAUGAUGAGCUUGUUACAAAACAGGCCGAACAACUGCAUGAAGAGAUCGAAGAUAUGCAUGUGCAGAUUGCCAAGUACAAGUCUCGGAAGGACAGUGCUAUGGGCUCCGACUCGGAGAGUUCGAUAAUAGAUCAUCUUAGUGCGCAGAAGAAUCAAUUGGAAGAGCAAGUCAGCUCUCUGCAGGCCCGCCUAGAUAAGGCAAACCGGAAGAUCAGUAUCAACGAAAUUCAUACUGAAUCGUACGUCGCUGAGCGCGAUGAAGCUCUAAAGACCUCGACUGAGUAUUCGGACAAGAUAAAGCAGCUUCAAUCCGAACUCAAUAUAGCUCGUCGUCAACUCAAAUCACAGCGUGAUGAUAAUUCUCAAGACGGCAAUACACUCGAAGUGGAGAAUAGAUCCUUGCGCAAGGAUAACAGCUCGAUCCGACAAAAGUGGAAAUCUUUGCUAGAAGAAAACCAAUCGCUCCGGGAACACAAUGAGGACAUUUCCCAACAAAAUGGGUUACUGGAGCAAGAACUCAAGGGCACCAAGGCGGAAUUAGAGGCGCUCCGCCGCGAGCAUCAGCUGCUUUCAGAGGAGAAAGACAUGCUCAAGCAAGACAAUCUUAGCCUCGAGCGUCACAAUGAUGAAUUUUUUAACGACAAUAAGGUCCUCAAGCAGCAGAACUCUUUACUUGAUCGACAAACACACGAGUUACAAGAUAAUGUCGCUCGAUUACGGAAACUGCUUGAUGCCACCAAUGCAGAGACCGGUGAAGUGUCUGUCGAUUUCAAGGAUAUCAAGUAUCGUCUCGAGGUGCAGAACCGCGAGCUUUCUAAGGAGAAUGCCGAGCUUCAACAACAGGUUAUUGAUCUGGAAGCCGAUUUUGCAUCCAAACGGGUGGCUCUUGAGCAAGAGAAACGACGACUUGGUCGCUCAAAUGCGCGUUAUAAGGAGCAAUUGAAUCAAAUUGGUGAACGAUUCGAACAGAUUGUGAAGGAAAGCAGAGAGGAAGUUGCCAUGUACGAAGAGCAGCACACAGCCUUGACGCAGCAGUUGGAGCUCAUUACCGACAAAGAGUCAGCUCUGGCAAACAAGCUGAAGAAAAGUGCCAUUCAAGAAGCCAAGCUUCAGUCUGAACUCAAUAGGAGAACAGACGCUAUUAACGAGGCUCGUCAGAUUACUCAAGAAAUCAAGGACUUUAUGAGUACUGUAAGCAAGAAGCAGCAUGCAAAGACAACACGCAUUGCUGAACCAAAGGGCAAGCCAGCGGUUAGUGAGACCACAGCUAGAAGCACCACAUCUCAAACCGAUAUACCUAUGCAGGAUGACUACACGCAACAGAUUGACCUCACACAGGGGUCCGACUUUGCGAGCAUUUUUACCCAAGGUGAAAUGCCUAAAUUACGAGAUGCUCUCCGUCAAGUUCGAAACGAUACUCGACCUGACGACUCAAGCGACAACGAAUCGUUUUUUGACGAUGAUGAUAUAAGUGAGCCGGCUAGCCCAAGUCUUCCACGACUUUUUGUGCCCAAUAGUCGACCCCGAUCUAUAAGUUCACAAAAGGUCGUUUCUGGGACGUCUAAGGCACGGGCAGAAACAGGCAAAUCCCAGCCUGUUGGAAUUCUAAAGGAGUCUCAACCUUCUCGGUUGAACUCUCAGAAACAGAAGACAAACCGCACUAUAACCGAAACAGGAUUCGAGGACACGCAGAAGCGAAAUAAGACAACCGACCCGGUUACUGGAGUGCGGAAGUCGAAGCCGGACGACACUAACCCUCGAAAAGUCUCAUUUGGCCAACCAGCCAUGCAUGAUGACUUGAUGAAAACCCAUACAGAACGUGCCACAAAGGAAUCUCGAUCAGUGCCAGAACCAGACCUUACGGGUCGAUUUAGUGUCAAGUCGGGUAUGAGCAUUCCCAGCGAGAUUUCGGACAUGGAUAAAUUCCAUCGUCGCAACUCGGACAGUGCACGAUUCGAUAUGGAUACAGAUCAUGAAGAUAAUAUGACCUCAGCUUUAUUUAUUGAUGAUAUCACACUCGGACAGAGGAAGAUGGCCGAGAAGCAGAAUGCUAGUACUACCAAGAACGAGCUUUCCAAGGAUGCCAAGCGUGUUCUCGAUAACCUCUGUCACGAUCAUGACUGCGGUAACUGCAUUGUCUGCUCACGAAUCAAUUCUCGCGGUUCUGGUCAGAGGCCCAUCCGUGCAAAGAAGCCGAUUCCCGUCACAGACCGAGUUGCAGAGACACAAGAGUGCGAAGAUCAGCGUACAAUGCGCCCAUCGCAAGACCCGGCAAUGGCCUUAGCCAAGGUUAUAAGGUCUUUGGAAGACGAGGAGCAACAUCUCAAAGAAGCUUUCCAAAAGAGAGCUGUAGAAUUCGAUAAAUGCGACCCGUCGAUCAACCGUAAGACGUGGAAGCGAUUGGGUUUUGAGAUCGACAAGAUCAGGAAAGUAAGAGACCUGAAGAGAGAUCAGAUUUACUAUCUCUACGAUGCCCUCGAAGGGCAGAAGGCGAGCGGUCAGGAGAUGACGGCAGAGUUCGUCGAGUACACCUUACACGGUGCGAUGAGCAAGGAUCAUUCAUGGAACGGCGUCCUUGGUAUCUGA